AUGGUUUCAGAUAUUUGGUUAACAGAUGAUAGUUAUAUCUUUCCUAGUAGUGGUAAGAGAAAUUUAAACUUUCAAAGGUGUUGGUUUAAACGAUGGAAUUGGUUGGCAUAUUCUGAAAAAGAUGAUAGAGCGUACUGUAAAUAUUGUGUUUUGUUUGCUGGAAAGGGUGGAGGUGUUGGUAAACAAACUUUUGGUAAUUUGAUAAAGAAACCAUUUAAAAACUGGAAAGAUGCUAUUGAAGUAUUUAAUAAUCAUACAAAUUGUGAAUAUCAUAAGAAUUGUAUUCUAAAAGGAACAUGUGCCAAACAAAUUUUAGAAAAAAAAGUUGAACCUAUAGAUAUCCAAAUAGAUUCGGGAAUAAAACGUAAAAUAAUUGAAAAUAGAAAAAAAUCUUAUUCCUAUCAUUGA